AUGGUCUCCGAGACGCUCCGACGUCUGCCACUGCUACUGCUCCUUCGCGCAAAUGUCGCGCUCGUACGGCAAACCACAAUUAAAAAAGCGUCCGCGCGUUUGCACGUCCGCGCGCCGGAGCGACGGCCGACGGACGUCGCCUACGGCACCUGCGCGACGUCCGAGGCCCGGCGCCACCUGCUCGAGCCGCGCGUCGUCGUCGACGACCUCUACUACCUGCGCGACGCGUCCGACGACGAGACGCGGCGCCAGCUCGCCGCGGAGCGCGCGCGCGCGGACGACGUCGCGGCGGCGCUCGGCGCCGCGCGCGACGCCGCGGCGUCGCGCGUCGAGGCGCUGGUGCCCGCGGCGGCGGCCGGCGACGCCUGGCGCGCCUUCGGCGCCUGGGAGUGGCGGGGCGCCGCCGACGACGAGGGCUUCCGGGUCUGGGAGCGGCGGCGGCGCGGCUCCGAGUCGGCGCCCGAGGUCGCGCUCGACGAGCGGUCCGCGCCCGCGGCGCUGCCGAGCGCCUUCGAGGGCGGCGCGCCCUACCGGGGCCUCGUGGUCGGCGUGAGCCACGUCGCCAUCGCGCCCGACGGCGCGGACCUCGCCUACACGGUGGACGCGACGGGCGGCGAGGUCUACUCGUGCGAGUUCGCGCUCUCGGAUCGCCCGCCGCUCGCCGCCGUCGACGCGCAGGUCGCCUGGGCGGCGGACGGGGGCCUCUACGCGCUGCGCUGCGACGGCGCGGGCCGGCCCUGCGAGCUCUGGCUCCAGGACCGCGAGGGCCGCGAGCGGCUCCUCCGGUCGGAGCCCGACGAGCGCUUCCGCUACGAGCCGCCGCGGCCGUCGUCCGACGGCGCCGCCGCGCUGCUGCGGGUCGCGUCCCGCGACGGGGCCGAGGUCCUGCGGCUGGAGGGCGCGACCUGCGGCGUGCUCGCGGCGCGGGUGCCGGGCCGCGCCGUCUCCGCGGCCGACUUCCACUCGGGCGCCGCGUGGGCCGUCGUCGCGGACCGGGGCGGCGACGGCGCGCUCCUGCGCGGCGACGACGCCGUCGCCGUGGCCGGCGCGCGGGACCUCGACGCCGUCCUCGCGCUCGGCGCCGACGCCGCCGUCGUCGGGGGCGUCGCGGACGACGGCCGCGACGCGGCGUGGGUCGUCGCGGGCGGCGCGAGCGAGCGCGUCGCGCCGCCGCCGGGCUACGCCGACGUCGCGCUGCGGCCGGACCUCCACGAGGGCGAGGCCCUCGGCGGGGCGUCGACGCUGCGCUUCGACAUCUCCGGGCCCGACCGGUUCCCGCGCGUCGCGGCCUGGGACGCCGGCGAGCGGCGCUGGGUCGCGCCGCCGGAGCCCUCGGCCUUCGAGGCGUCCCUCGCCGUCGAGCGCUUCGACGUCGGCGGCGUGCCCGUCGUCGUCGUCGCGGCGCCGGGCGCGCCGCGCGCCGCGGCGCUCUACGCGUACGGCGCGUACGGCGCGCGGCACCCGACGGCGCUCACGGGCGAGGCCGCGGCGCUCUUGGACGCGGGCGUCGCCGUCGCCGUCGCCGGCGUCCGCGGCGGCGGCGAGCGCGGCCGCGCGUGGCACGCCGCGGGCCGCCGCGACGAGAAGCCGCGGUCCGCCGAGGACGCGGCGGCCGUCGCGCGCGCGCUCCGGGGCCGCUACGGCGCCGUCGUCGGCCGGGGCCGGUCCGCGGGCGGCCUGAGCGUCGGGGGCGCGGCGUGCCUCGCGCCGGAGGCCUUCGACGCCGUCGCGCUCGACGUGCCGUUCCUCGACGCGCUCGGCACGCUCCAGGACGGGUCCCUGCCGCUGACGAUCAACGAGUGGGAGGAGUUCGGCAACCCCCACGAGGGCGCGGCGCACGACAUCAUCGCGUCCUUCUCGCCCCUGGAGCUGGCCAAGUCCUGCGACGCGGCCGCGUUCCCGCGGUGCCUGCUCCGCCCCGCGCUCCGCGACGCGCGCACGGGCUGGUGGGAGGCCUUCAAGUUCGCCGCGGUGCUGCGGGACCGCGGGGCCGGCGACGUCGUCGUGCACGCCGACGACCGGGGCCACUUCGGGCCCCGCGCGGGCGCCGCGUACGCGCGCGACGUCGCGCUGCCCGUCGCGUUCCUCCUCCGAUCGCUCCCGGCGCCCGGCGGCGCCCGGCGCGCGACCAAAAAGGCGACGCCGCGGGGCCCGGCGCCGCUCCGCGCCGCGCCCGACGGCGCCGGCGACGCGCGCGCGUUCCUCGUCGACGCGUCGCCGUCGGCCGCCGCGCUCGCCGCGGCCGCGCGGCUCCGCACGGCCGUCUUCUCGCCGCACCUCGACUCCACGGGGAGCAUCUACCUCCAGGACCGCAUCUACGAGGACGACCUCAAGGGCGCGGCGGCGGCGGCCGUCGCCGCCGACGCCGGGGGCCGCGUCGUCGGCGUCGCGUCCGCCGCGGCGCUCGCCGGCGCGCGUUACGUCGCUGCGGUCGCGACGGACCCGGCCUGGCGCCGCCGGGGCGUCGCGUCGGCGCUCCUCGACGCCGUCGAGGCCGCCUGCGCCGACAGCGCCGUCUACCUCCACGUCGCCGAGGGCAACGACGCGGCCAUCGCGCUCUACCGGGGCCGGGGCUUCCGCGACGUCGCGGGCGCCGUCGCGCCGGACCUCUCGGCGGCGCUCGACGCCGAGGUCGCCGGCAGCGACCGGGUCCAGAGGCUCAUGGUGCUCGACUCCGCGGCGCCGGACCCGGCCGCGGUCGGCGACGACCAGAGGCUCAUGGUGCUCGACUCCGCGGCGCCGGACCCGACCGCGGUCGGCGACGACGGCGCGCGCCCGGAGACCCCCGCGACGGCGAGCGCGACCGACGCGUACCUCCGCUCGCUCUCCGGAACCGGCGUCCUACGCGUCGCGGUGGACGCGUGGCUGGCGGAGGACGCCGCCGGCGGCUCGACGAGCGGCCUCGCGUCCGCGGGACGCGCGUCGUCGUCCGCGGGCGUGGCCGCGGCGCUGAGCGCCGCCGAGUCGGACGCCGGCGAGCUGCGGCGCGAGAUCCGGGAGACGAAGGAGCGGCUGCGCUGCCUGCGGGAGGCCGAGGCCGCGCACGCGCGCGACGAGGCGAUCGCCCGGACGCUCUUCGACUUCAUCGGCGAGUGCGAGGCCGCGGGCGUCGACAUCGCGCCGCUGAAGGACGUCGCCGCCCUGGUCGCCGACGGGCCCGCGGCAAAUAAAACGGCCCACUAG